AUGAAAAUUAUCAUCGCUCGUGGUGCUGUUGAACGUUGUUCGUUGCCUGUCUAUAAUCUCAUAACUUUAAGUGGUAUUCAUCAAGGUGUUUUCGGUGUUCCUUAUCUCCUGCAAUUACCAAUCGAACUUCGAGAUUUAAUAACAAAAUACGCGUACGAAACGGCGAUACAAAACGUGAUUAGUCCAGCGAAUUACUGGCGCGAUCCUGAGCAGUUAGAUCGAUACUAUUCGAAUUGUCAUUAUCUUCCUGAUAUCAAUAAUGAACGAGGUACUCCGAAUGGCAUCUAUCGUGAAAAUAUCCUCAAAUUAAAUUCAUUUGUCAUGACUUAUUCGGACAGAGAUGAAGUUGUUAUGCCAAGACAAUCAGGUUUAUUUAUGGGUUACAUAAAAAAUUCCUUAGAAAUUGAAACAUGGAAUAAUUCGAGACAAUUCACCGAAGAUUUAAUCGGAUUACGAACAUUAUGGGAACAAGGAAAACUAUUCACAUUUGUUUCACACGUCAAACAUCAAGAUGUGACACACGAACCCAAUAAAGAAUUUCUUUUUCAAAAUAUUUUUCCUUUUUUCAAUAAUACAAUGUAA